AGUUGUAUUCCAUUUCCUGUUAUCUCUGUCAUAGACCUAGAUCUCAGUCCCCUUAUCGAGAUUUGUUGAACUGAGGAACGCGAGGUAAAUCGUUAAGAUACAAAUGACUGUUACUGUCCGUCAGAGAUGCAGUGUGGACUUAGAACUUUGUCAAUGAGUAAGUGUGUGUCUCUUAGCUACCACUACUGUCAUGUGCAAGUUACGUUGUAGACCGAACUUCAAAGUCACAUUUUACGUAGGUAGACGCGAAAAUGCCACUGCAAGAGGCCACGGAGAAGGAAUCGUUGAAUUUUAAUCAAUUGUGCACGUUUGAGAGCUUCGAGGAAGUUUGGAGUCAUUACGGUUAUAAAAGUGGCUUCAAAGACGUAAUAGAACGGGAGUUCUCAAGGACUAAAGGCAUUACAUACCUGGAUCAUGCUGGAACAACGCUAUACCCUGAGUCACUGGUGAGAGAAUUCUAUCAGGAUAUCUCCAGGAAUGUAUAUGGCAACCCUCACAGCCAUAACCCCAGCAGUAGACUGACGCAUGACACAGUAGAGCAUGUCAGAUACAGGAUAUUGCAGCAUUUUAACACCACUCCUGACAAAUACUCUGUGAUUUUCACCUCUGGCUGUACGGCAGCUCUCAAAUUAGUCGCUGAGAGCUUUCCCUGGAGUCCUCCCACUGCUAUGGAGCCAGCCAGUCAGUUCUGCUAUCUGACUGAUAACCAUACCUCGGUGGUCGGCAUCAGAGGAGUUACUUCAGCACUGGGAGUGGUUUCUCUACCUGUCUCCCCCGAGGAGAUAGAGGCCAGAGCCAGAGAUGUAGCCCAGAGUGAAUGCAGCAGUUGCCAGACACCACACCUCUUCUGUUAUCCAGCACAGAGCAAUUUCUCUGGCAGAAAGUACUCCCUGGGUUACGUGAGGGGCAUCCAGGCGAGGAAGCUCUAUCCAGCAUGUGACAGCCAGGGCCGGUGGUUUGUCCUGCUGGAUGCUGCCUCUUUUGCCAGCUGCUCUCCUCUGGAUUUGCAGGAGCACCCAGCGGACUUUGUUCCCUUCUCCUUCUAUAAGAUGUUUGGCUUCCCCACAGGUUUAGGGGCUCUUCUGGUCCGGAAUGACACAGCUGCCCUCCUAAGAAAAGCAUACUUUGGUGGGGGGACAGCAGCGGCCUACCUAGCGGGGGAGAACUAUUACGUGCCAACGCCAAAUAUCGCUAACCGGUUUGAAGAUGGCACCGUCUCUUUCCUGAACGUCAUUGCUCUAAAUCAUAGUUUUGACACUCUACACAAACUCACAGGAGGCAUGGACAAGGUCCAGCUGCAUACAUUUGGUUUAGCACGCUAUACUUACAUGUUGCUGUCUAGCCUUUGCCAUGGCAACGGACAACCAGUUGCUCAGAUAUACUCCGACAGCGAGUUUGAGAACCCGAGCACGCAGGGAGCCAUCCUCAACUUCAACUUGACGGACUGUCACGGACAAAUAGUUGGAUACUCUCAGGUGGACAAGCUGGCUAGUCUUUUCAAUAUCCAUGUGCGGACAGGUUGCUUCUGCAACACCGGUGCCUGUCAGAUCUUCCUUGGCACCACCAAUCAAGACGUGAAGAGCAACCUACAGGCGGGUCAUGUCUGUGGAGACGACGUAGACCUGGUUGAUGGUCGUCCAACAGGAUCUGUGCGCGUAUCCUUCGGCUACAUGUCAACCUUCCGGGACUGCCAAAACUUCUUGAACUUCGUCGUGGAGUGCUUUGUGGAGAAACCAGUCGAAGUGGACCAAGUGAAACUAGACAGACUGAAAUCGAACACCUCUUCUAAAGGUUCCAGUCAGUGUCUGAUUACUAUGCUUACCAAUGGGAAACAUAAACACAUAGACAAUGGAGAGCAUGCCUCUACAGAUCCAGUUGUGAAUGAAUAUGGAGGCAAGGCCAUCACCAAGGAAGCAAAGAGCCUAGGGAAGGCCCAGUAUCUGACUAAUAUCUACAUAUAUCCAAUCAAAUCCUGUGCAGCGUUUGAGGUGACUGACUGGCCAGUGUGCCCUCUGGGACUGCUCCAUGACCGGGGCUGGAUGGUGGUGAAUGGUAAUGGAGUGUGUCUGAACCAAAAGAGAGAACCACGCUUAUGCCUUAUUCAUCCGCAGAUCUACCUGCCCUCGAACACACUGCUCCUGCAGGCCUCAGGAAUGGACACAAUUUCUGUCCCUUUGGAAAACCACAAUGAGCCACACCAGAGUCAUGGUGUGUGUCAAAGCAAGUUGUGUGGUGACAGGGUGCAAACAGUAGAUUGUGGCGAUGAAGCUGCAUCAUGGCUCUCAGAGUUCCUUGGACAGCCUUGUCGUCUGAUAAGGCAAAGUCCUGAUUUCAUUCGCAACAUGAAAAAGGGCCAUGAAAAAGGGGUCUCGUCCACUGCCCUCUCCUUGGUGAAUGAAGCCCAGUACUUAAUGAUCAACCAUGCCAGUGUUGAUUUGCUUCAGAGACACAUCACCAGCAGACAGGAAUCCUCUGACCAUCAGCCUCUUAACAUCCAUGAGCUUGUUAGUCGGUUUCGUGCCAAUUUAGUCAUCUCUGGAUUGGAGCCAUUUGAGGAAGAUGAUUGGUCACACUUGAUUAUUGGAAACACCCAUUUCCAGGUGGCAGGUCGGUGUGGCAGAUGCCAGAUGAUUGGGGUUGAUCAGAACACAGGAGCCAAGACCAAAGAGCCUCUUCUGUCUCUCUCUGCCUAUCGCAAGGGAAAGGUGACCUUUGGUGUGUACCUUGUCCACCAAUCACUGGAUGGCUCUAAUGCAACCCUAUCUGUUGGCGCUCCUGUAAUGUCUCAAUGGUCAGGAUAAGGUUACCAUUUCCAGAUGUUUUUAUAUGUCUGGAAACAUGGUUGGGUUACCAUUUUAACUUAAAUGUCUGCAUAUUGUAGGAAGACAACCCAGGUAAUCACAGAGCAUACAGACCAACGUGUAAAUCAAUUACUGUACCUUUUAGUUUACAAGAUUUUAAUGUUUUGUAAAUUAACAAAAAAAAUAGUUUCUGUUGUCUUUGAAUAACUGAUUUGGUUGACUUCUUUUUUUUAAAUAUAAAUUGAGUGUGUUUGCACUCAAAGAUUGUUUUUUUUUAUCUUUACCAGGGUGCCAACUUAAAGCAAUCACACCGUUCUCAAUCAUGUUGCAUCCCCUCUGUUCCUGAACCCAGUUAGAAAGACUGGGGACUUGCCUUAAAAUAAUUUGUAUUAAAUUAAUUGGAGAACAUUACUUUAGGAAAGUAAUGCCUUCCCUUUUUUUGAAAGUUCCACCAUAAGCAUCCUGCUCCUGACCUAGGAUUAUGAUGGGUUUUCCAUUCACCACACUCCCCGCAGUGUAUCCCAGCUUCCUUGCACUUGGCUUCCCAUUGAUCCAAACCUGACUGAGUCCGGUGGCGGAGUGUCCCAUCCACAUGUUCUGCUUGCCUGGCAGCCCUGUGAAUGCACUUCCCACAUAUCUGACAGGUAGCUGCAUGGCACCAUUGGACUCUUUGAACAAUAGAAAGUCAUUGGUGCUUGUUGGAGUUGCCAUGGAGAAGAGAGAACACCCUCUUGACAUCUGUGAAAUCCAUUUUAAGAGGUUCAUAAUACAGACAUUAGCUAGGCCUUGGAAUUACAUUAUGCAGCUGAAAUUGACUAAAUGCUAAAUACACAUAUUAUUAACACCUUAUUUACCAAGCACUACCACCGAUAAAGCAAAAAAUAAUAUCAAAGGUUUUUGACUGCUGCUCACACCAUGGUAUUUGCCAAUAUGCAUUGCAAAGCUUUCUAAUGUGCAAUACAAACACUUGUGGAUGUAUGGAAUAUCACAUUGAUUACCUUAGACAUACUGUCACAGAAGAAUAGUUCUCUCACUUUUUGUCAGUAGCCUCACAUGAUCAAUGUCAGACUCCUUUGGAAAUGUGAACAUUUUACCUGACAGAGAGGACAUGGUAAAUACUGUUAGACUCUGUACGAUGAACUAAAUAUUUACAGUACAAUGUAUGCUCUGAUAUAAAUGUAUCUCCAUCCUGUAGGCCAUUGACAUUUGAAUAAUUAUCAUAUUGCCAUGUGGAGAGAGUGGUGUCAGGCACCAACUCCUUUGAGAGAAUGUAUUCAUUUUAAUGAUU